UUUAACCCUUUCUCUUUGUAGAAAUAAAAUGAAGGAACAGGAUGAAGCGGCGCUUGCAUCCACCAACAUCACGCCGGUGCAGCAGAUAAUCGCUUCCUCCGCAGGCGCCCUGCUUACAUCGCUCCUUGUAACACCUCUGGAUGUUAUCAAGAUUCGACUUCAAGCUCAAAGCAAACCUUUCACUAAAGGGAAGUGCUUUGUCUAUUGCAAUGGCCUCAUGGAUCACCUGUGCGUGUGUCUGAAUGGAAACAGCAGAGCGUGGUAUAAAGUGCCCGGCCGAUUCACAGGAACCACGGAUGCAUUCCUCCAAAUUGUCAGAAAUGAAGGGAUCCGAUCUCUUUGGAGCGGGCUCCCGCCAACAUUAGUAAUGGCUAUUCCAGCUACCGCCAUCUACUUCACCUGUUACGACCAUCUACGGGACAUAUUGAUCCAUCGUUUGAACAGCGUGGAGAGCGCCUGCCUCAUUGCUGGAGCCGCAGCCAGACUGGGAUCGGCUACCCUGAUCAGCCCGCUGGAGUUGAUCAGGACGAAGAUGCAGUCCCGACCGCUGUCGUACAAGGAGCUGACGUUCUGUAUUCGGAGCGCUGUGGUCAAGGAAGGCUGGCUGUCCCUGUGGAAAGGAUGGGGCCCCACUGUCCUGAGAGAUGUCCCCUUUUCUGCAAUGUAUUGGUAUAAUUAUGAGCUUGGAAGAAAAUGGCUUUGCCAGAGAUAUAACAAAGCAGAAGCAACCCUUUCAAUAUGUUUUGCAUCAGGAGCCUUUUCUGGAUCGUUUGCUGCUGUAGUCACUUUACCAUUUGAUGUGGUGAAAACUAGGAGACAGAUUGAAACUGGAGAACUGGAGGCGUCACACCAUUUACAGAAAAAAUCUACAUCGACUUGGAAGAUAAUGCGUAUUAUAAUAUCCGAGAAUGGCUUUAGGGGUCUUUUUGCAGGUCUGAGUCCUCGCCUAAUCAAGAUCGCCCCCGCCUGUGCCAUAAUGAUCAGCACCUACGAAUUUGGAAAAUCUUUUUUCCGCAAGUUAAAUAAUGAGCAGCAGUUGAAGACUUUGUGAUUGAGUUUCUGUCCCUUCCUGUCAUGUUUUAUUGCUGUAAAUGAAUGCGGCUGAUCGGUGGGCGUCAGACAUGAGCACAUGGCAAUGAUGUGAUGUGCAGGACUGUGCGCCUAAGAGGGAGAGAGGCAGGGAAUUUGCAGAAAUCCCUAUAAUAUUAUUUUUGUUGGUGGCGAGUGAUCAGCACUCCCCAGCAGCACCUUUACAGUAUUUUGCAUUGGUGUAUGGACAUCUAGAGUAGUCACUCUCUAACUGUGAUGUUUGUUGCCAGGCAACAUCUGAAUGUUGAAGGAAAUAUUCAUUGCGAAUUGUGGACAGCUCUACCCUAUGAAAUGUAUGAUUGUGUCCUAUAGUUUAGCUUAACAUAGAGCAUAUUUAAAGAAGCACCCGGACAAAGCGAAUACACUGUGUCAUGCCUAGUGCAGGGGCGGAGCAUGACACAAGGUUUCAGAGAACAUCAAAGAGAAUCCCUUUAUGCUCCACCCCCUGUACUAUACAUAGCACGGUUCAGCUUUACCUUCAGUGUUCCUUUAAAGAGAUUGUGCCAAGUUUUUAAGUUAUCACCGAUCUACAGAAUAGACAGGGAUGGCCAACCUGAGGCUCUCCAGCUGUUGCAAAACUACAACUCCCAGCAUGCCCAGACUGCCUACAGCAGGGCAUGGUGGGAGUUGUAGUUUUACAACAGCUGGAGAGGCUCUGGUUGACCAUCCCUGGAAUAGGGCAUAACUAACUGAUCAGUGGGGGGUUAGAUUGUUGGGACCGAACCGAUCCCGAGAUCUGGGAUUCCCAUUCCCCCGAUCUGAUGGGGCGGCAGCUCGAGCGAACGUCCUGCCGCUCCAUCCCUUCUCUCCGCUUCCUGGGACUGUCGGAGAUAGCCGCGUACAGCGCUCAGCUAUUUUCGGUGGUUCCAUAAAGAAUAAAUGGAUCGGCAGAGCGCAUGCUCAACCUGCCGCCCCAUCAGAUCAGGUGGAAUUGGAUCCCCGUUCUCAGGAUCGGUUGGGUCCCAGCGGUAAGACCCCCACGAUCAGUUAGUUGUCCCCUAUCUUGCAGAUAGGGGAUGACUUUGAAACUUAGCACAACCCCUUUAAGUUAUUAAAGCAUUAUUUAUCUCUGGUGUAUUUUGGUAGAUAUCCCGUUACUGAAGAUUACUCGUGUAACUUAGGCCUUAAUAUAUAUUAUUUGCUUUU